AUGCCAAAGAAGAAGCAACCUACCAAGAAGCCCGAGGCUCUCAAAACGCCUCCGCAAGGUAUAUAUCCCGCUAACGACACAGGAGAGUAAAGCAGAUAACUAACGCAUACCUCCAGAAACAUCAUUUCUCAUAAAAGCAAGCAUCGAGAUCCGACUCAUGAUCUUCGAUUACCUCGUGCCAACCGAUGGCUCUGUAGAGAUCUACACCCCGUUCAGAAAGGUCGUCAUCGUCGCGUGUUACCGGGACGUCGUUUGA